AAUAAUCAAGAUGCUCUCGAAUAAUAUCAUACAUUCUUCGUCUUCCAGACUAUCGCGGUUCGUGUGUUAAUUCGACAUAAUAUCGUACUUUUUAAGUAACAUAGUAUAAACUUACUAUAGACUUGUUAAACAUGCAAUUCUCAAUUUUAUCGGUCUCGAGCUGCGUGCUCCUCAUCUCCUUAUGCUCAGCUCAAAGAUACUACCCUCAGCAAUACGCUUCCCUCCAAGCAGUACCCAUCGUAAAAUACGAAAAUAACGUAGGAUUCGACGGCAGCUACAGAUAUGCCUACGAAACCGGUAACGGUAUCGCUGUCCAAGAACAAGGAGUCUUGAAAAACCCAGGACAAAGAGACUUAGAAACUGAAGCCGUGACUGGAAGUUUCUCAUACACUUCGCCAGAAGGUAUCCCAAUCUCUGUCAGCUACAUCGCCGACGAAAAUGGUUUCCGUGCUUCCGGAGCUCAUUUGCCAACUCCACCACCGAUCCCAGAAGCCAUCGCUAGAUCAUUAGCUUACCAACAACAACAACCAGCUCCAUUCGCACCUGCUCCAGGUCUCCCACCAAGACCUUUCCCAGGUUUCGUACAAGGUUUCGGAGGUUUCCAAAAAAAGAAAUAGAUUUUUAAUUUAACCCACCAUCUCAAAUUAAAUAUGAGUUGAAGUGCCGGGAUCGAUUUGGUUCCUUAAUGUGAUUUCGUUUUGUAAUUAACGUGUAUUUGUUUGUAAUAAAUGUUUGUACUUUUUGUUAA